AUGUCCCAGCUUGCAAAUCGGCAUUCAUUAACACAGCCGUCUUUCGACUUGAAAUCGUUCUUUCUCUCCUGUUACCAUGCCGGGUAUGGUGUGCAGGGAGGCCACUGUAUCACCGGGUACACCCCCCCACACUUUUUCACUCACUCCUCUUGUGUCUAUCUCAUACGCUUUCUCCCUCACUCACUCUCUCUCACUUUCCCUCUUUCUCACACGCUUUCACUCUCUAUCACGUUUUCACUCUCUCUUUUUUUUCCCUCUCUCUCCCCUGUUCCCAUGGCGGGGUCGGAGUGUUCGGAGGUCAGUGCAUCACUGGGUUCAAGCUCACUCUGUCUGUCGCUCUCCCCCUUCGCCUUCCCUGUCUCUCUCAUACGUUUUCUCUCUCCCUCUCGCAUGUUGUCACUCUCUCUCACACUUUCUCUCGCUAUCACGCUUUCACUCUCUCAUUUUCUCUCUCUCAAGCUUUCUCUCUCUCAAGCUUUCACUCUCUCAUUUUCUCUCUCUCAAGCUCGCCCCCUUCGCCUUCCCUCUCUCUCUCUCUCUCUCUCUCAUACGCUUUCUCUCUCCGUCUCCCAUGUUGUCACUCUCUCUCACACUUUCUCUCACUGUCACGCUUUCACUCUCUCAUUUUCUCUCUCUCAAGCUUUCUCUCUCUCAAGCUUUCUCUCUCUCAAGCUUUCUCUCUCUCAAGCUUUCACUCUCUCAUUUUCUCUCUCUCAAGCUCGCCCCCUUCGCCUUCCCUCUCUCUCUCUCUCAUACGCUUUCUCUCUCCCUCUCGCAUUUUGUCACUCUCUCUCACACUUUCUCUCGCUGUCACGCUUUCACUCUCUCAUUUUCUCUCAAGCUUUCACUCUCUCAUUUUCUCUCUCUCAAACUCUCCCCCCUCUCUCUCUCACGCUUUCUCUCUCUUUCGCUUUCCCUGUUUCUCCCUCUUGCUCUCUCUUCCUCUCGCUUUCCCCCUUUUUCCUCACGCUUUUUCCCCCUCUCUCGCUUUUUAUCUCUUGCUUUCUCUCUCUGAAGGCAAAAGUUGAAUGGUUGUUUUGGGGAAACGAAGAUCAGGUCGAGGGGAGACGAAGACGACUUACCUUAUCGGCGUUGCCAAAUUAA